AUGCCAUCUCUAUCAUCCCUCUUCAGCAACGGCCCAUCUGCCAAUAACCCGCCCUGCCUCUCAUUCCACGGCCCUGACAAGCAAGGCCACAUCAGAGCCAUCAACAGCAACAACCAAGAAGUCGCCCAUUUUAUCGCCAGCAAAACCUCGCUGACCCGCGCCCUUGGCUCAAACCACCAACAAAUCUGCACUUUCAACCGCUCCCACUUAGCCAGCUGCACCACCAUACACAUCCACGGCCAGCAAGUCAAAGUCAAACAAACCUGGGAAAGCAUGCAAUACGGCAAAGACGUUGAGACUCCCACGGGGAGGUUGACAUGGCGUGCGGGAAAUGGAGGGUACGAGGAGCUGAGGGACGGGAGCAAGACUUUGCUUGCGAGAGGGAAGUUGCCGGGGACUUUUGGCUCGAGGCCAGCGCUGUUGGAGGUUUUUGUGGAUGGCGAUGAGGUUCUGCUGGAUUUAAUCCUAGCGUCCUGGGUUUGCACGAUCUGA